UCUGUGGCUCGUUUUACCAUCCUAUAACUUGCCUCAUAGUAAAGCACUUGUCCAAUUAUACCAAUCUACAUAAAGCAAGUUUAAAAAAAACCUACAUAAAGCAAUAUACAGUGCAUUUCAAUCAAGACAUGGAUAUGAAUCAAACGAAAGCGCAGCAAUGUGUUGCCCAAUCCGGAGGCAACUCAAACGACCCCUUUGCCACAUGCGGAAAUCUCGCGAUCGCCCGACAAAAUCACGGACGAAAUUCACUUGCUUCCCGGGAAAAAGCGAGCCAGGUACAAGAGCGGCACAUGCUAGGUGUCGUGCAAGCAAUCUGCUCUCGCCGCUUCCCGUCUUCAGUUCUUUAUGCCGCUCGGUGCCAGCGGUGCGGCGGUGCGCGCCCCGAGCAGAGCUAGCUAGGUGAUUUAUUCGGCGCGGGAAUGGUGCCCGGGGCGAGGAUUCCGGCGGCGUCCGUGCUGCGUGGGCUCGUGGCGGUCGCCGGCGCGGCCGUCCUGUAUUUCUCCGGCGCCGCCGAGGCCCGCGUCCUCCUCACCCUCGACGACUUCGGCGCCGUCGGCGACGGCAUUGCCAACGUCACGCAGGUGUUCGUGGACGCGUGGACGGCGGCGUGCGGCUCCGAGGAGCAGGCCGUGCUCGCCGUGCCCGUCGCCAAGGCCUACCGGAUCUGGCCGGUGCAGCUCUCCGGCCCCUGCAAGAAGAAGCUCAAGCUGCUGAUUGCCGGGACGAUCGUGGCGCCGGCGAGUCCGGACGAGUGGGCGGGGAGGGACCCGAUGAAGUGGCUGUACAUCUACGGCGUGGACGGCCUGUCCGUGAGCGGCGGCGGCACCAUCGACGGCGUCGGGCAGGAAUGGUGGGCGCGCUCCUGCAAGCGCAAGAAGACCCAGUGGCAGGGCGAACUUUGCUUGGGGAGGUUUUGUGAUGACCAACCAUGGCAAUGUGCAGGCGGGAAGUUUGUCUCGGGACACAAGAGUAUGGGUGCAAGCUACGACCUGCUUCGUCCCACGGAACUCAUCCAUAAAUUUAAUAUGAGUUCAUCGAUACUUAAAAUUAACACUUCAUUUUUAUUAUGGUGUUGCCCAGUAGCCCGCCAAGCUUGCAUCCCUACACAAGAGCACAAAAUGCGUGCGUCAUGUUGCUAUGCUCUAAGAGGAUUGUUCUAGAGAAUCAUGGACCAAAUAGCUAGGCUAGUUUGUAGAAUAUUCUCGAGGUGCCACAUGACAAGAUCCAGUCAAAAAGUAAAUCCUACGGUCGAAGACACUAGGAUUUUACACUUCUCCGCCAUUAGAUAAAACUAUCUCUACAACUAAUAUUUCAAGUUAUUUGUACACGAUAUAGUAAAUAUAGAAUAGAAACCAUUAUCGAGAUAUUUGUUAAGCAAUAUACUUUAUAAUGUUUAUAAGGAAACAAUGUAGAAGGAUAUUAAAACACAUAAGAACACACAAACAAACACGUAAAAAACAUAUGCUAGUUUUUUUUAAAAUU